AUGGCAAUGCGACCGCUUUUUCCAAUGGCGCUUCGUGCGUCGAGGGGGUGUAUUCCGACACCUCAGCCAUUGGGCCAUGCCAUCACGACACGAGGUUGGCAGGUGCUGCAUACCCAGGGAUCAAGGCAAGUACUAUGCCAAUCGUCGAUAUCCACACUGGCCACCGGAUGCCAGAAGAGGCCAGGAAUCCAGGCCAUAGAUGCCCGGCGACUGGCGUCUAGAUUCAGGCUGCAGCAACGAGGGUCUGCAAAGAAGUCGACCGAUGAGGGCACGCCACAAGGGUCAACACCAGAGAAAAAGAAGUCACCUAUUCUCUCACGGAUCCCAAUCCCAACUCAUGAGAACAUAUACACUGUACCCAACAUUCUUACUUUUUCUCGACUGGUUGCUGCGCCUUUGGUAGGCUACUUUCUGGUGUACGACUAUCAUGCAACUGCGCUAGCUCUGUUUGCCUAUGCAGGCAUAACAGACCUGGUCGACGGAUAUAUCGCACGGCGAUAUAAUCUGCAAACUGUCGUUGGGACAAUCAUCGAUCCAAUGGCCGAUAAGCUCUUGAUGACCAUCAGCGUUGCCUGCCUAGCAGUUAAUGGGUCAAUACCUGUAUGGCUUGCUGUGAUUAUCCUCGGUCGAGAUGUUGGACUGUCCCUCUCUGCGAUUUACUACCGCUGGAUUUCGCUGCCACCGCCAAAGACCAUGGCCCGGUACUGGGAUUUUUCACUCCCCUCUGCAGAGGUCAGACCGACAGGGAUCUCGAAGAUCAACACAGCGCUGCAGCUUCUUCUUGUCGGAAGCGCGAUGGCGCUUCCAGUGCUUCCUGAAACCAUUCUCGAUGCAUGGAGUCUGAGAGAAGCGAUGACUGCAUUCCAAUGCCUUGUCGCAGCAACAACAAUCUGGUCAGGCCUAAGCUACAUCUUCUCAAAAGACGCAGUCAAAAUCCUCUCCAAAGAAGAAGUCCAAAGACGCAUUGCUAGAGCUGCAGGGAAAAAGAACCCCUGA